AUGCCUAUCCGCAACCCUUUUGCUCGUCGCCCUGGUAGCGUCGUUGUGCAAGAUGAGAAUCAACGUCCUGAUACUGCCCCGGGUUUUGAGAAAGUCGACACUGUUGGCUCAAAGUCCAAACCUGUUUUAAGCAUCCGAAGUCAGGGUCGCGACAAUGGCGAAUACAAGAUGAGUGUUGUCAAUGACAGUGGCGUCUAUCUUCCUCCAUCCCCCACCGAAGAGAAGGGCCAGUGGCCCCGAAAGUACCUCUCGACCCGAAACUCGACAGAUACGAGAAGCAGCUUUGGCGACAUUGAACAUUUCUCCAUCUCACGAGAGUCUUUUGAUUCUUACCGUCGCUCAUUUGACAUCUCUGCACGGUCGCCUAUGCCUAACGGCGAUUUCCCAGCUCGUCAAAGCCUUGAUUCUGCUCGCCUUCCUCGUCUUCCCAGAUCUGCGGUCGAGCGAUCAUUUGAGCAGCCCCCAACAGCCGAGGAAGGCUUUGAAGAUGUCGGACUAGACGAUCAAAAGUACCAGCAGCAACAACAGCCGGCGCCCCAGGCACAGCCUCAGAAGCGUGGCUUUUUCUCCAAGUUCUCCGACUCUCGCGACAGGGACGCCUCAAGCAACCCUUCUGUUUCUCGGUUCCUCAUGCAUGGUCGCAAGAGAGCUCAGAGCGGCCAAGGUUCAGAGCUUACACCCAUGGACAAUGGCCCGCCCAAGGUCACUGUUUCAUCCGAGGGUCAGGAAAUGCACUGA